AUGGGUACAAUUUAUUCAGCUUCGUUUACCAUCUGGGGCUGGAUUGGUCGAGACAAUGAAGUGAUACCGUUCUGCAAUCCUCCGCUAGGCCUUGCGCCGAACGUCUCUCGUAUCUGGUCUAUCACAAAUGUGAUCAUCAACACUGUAGUUGUCUUUGUAUAUGCAGUUAUUAUCGUACUUGUACGCGUCAAAGGUAUCUUGCUUCACUGCUUUCCCAUGUUUCCACCGCGGAAUUCCUCGGCGUACCGCGAGAACCAAAAGGCGAUUCGGCGUCUCAAGGUCAUUGUGAUAAUUUUUGUCUGCUCCUGGUAUAUGGCGAUUUUA